ACAGCUAGACAAGUAAACCUCUCUCUCUCCACAUUUAUACGAGGAAGAGAAGAUUAUAAGCAAAGCUGUUUUAAGGCAGAAAGUAGAAUCGUUGCUUAGUCUUCUCAGCAUUUGAAGAAGAAAUCAGCUCAGCAAGCAACAAUUCCACUUCAACUAUCAGUUCUAGCACCAUUCUUUCUCUCCUUCUCCUUCUAUAUUAUAAUCGCUGCACGUCCUGGAAUAUUUAGAUCUGACCCUAAAUGGGAAUUUGAUUAUGUAAUCUUUCCUCCAAAGCUGAAGCCUCUCCCGCUUUCAAGAUAUUUCUGGGAAAAAAACAGAGGCAGGAAUGGCAAAGUCUAGGCAAAGUUUUCCUCCACAAGACUACUCUUCAUCUGCCCCUACGGCUGGGAGAUCGAGGGACGGGGAAGGCCCAGGGAGAUGGAACGAGUACUUGGGUCAAUUCAUUGCCCCUCCAACCACGUCUAAGACCACCGCGAGAACUGUUGGUGGGUCUGAAGGUGUGAAUUCGAGUUCUGCUCUGUCUCAUAAGGGAUUGAAUAUUCUGUGGGUGCACCAGCUAACUCAAGUUGCCGAGGGGCUCAUGGCCAAGAUUUACAGGCUCAAUCAAAUCUUGGAUUACCCAGAUUCAGCGGGUCAUGUGUUUUCUGAUGCAUUUUGGAAAGCUAGUGUUUUCCCAAACCAUCCGAAAAUUUGUAUCCUACUCUCCAAAAAGUUUCCAGAGCAUUACAGCAAAUUACAGCUUGAACGAGUUGACAAGGUUGCAUUGGAUGCUAUGAAUGAUGGUGCAGAAGUUCUUUUACAGAGCUUGGAACCUUGGAUUCAGCUACUUCUUGACUUGAUGGCAUUUCGAGAACAAGCUUUACGGUUGAUUUUGGAUCUGAGCAGCACUGUUAUUACCUUGUUGCCUCAUCAGAACGCACUGAUACUACAUGCAUUUAUGGACCUUUUUUGUGCAUUUGUUCGUGUCAACCUCUUUUCCGACAAGAUGCCUAGGAAAAUGAUACUUCAAACUUAUAACCUUUUGUAUGGAAUGUUGCAUGGUGAUCGUGACUGUGACUUUUAUCAUCGGUUGGUCCAAUACAUUGAUUCCUAUGAUCAACCUUUGAAAGGAUUACAUGAAGACUUAAAUUUUGUGAGCCCUCGCAUAGGAGAGGUUUUAGAGGCUGUGGGGCCAACAAUACUUCUUUCUACGGAUACAAGGAAGCUAAGAAAUGAGGGCUUCUUAAGUCCAUUUCAUCCACGCUAUCCUGACAUACUCACAAAUUCUGCACAUCCAAUGAGAGCUCAAGACUUGGCAAAUGUCACUUCCUAUAGAGAAUGGGUGUUAUUUGGGUACCUUGUUUGUCCUGAUGAACUUCUUAGAGUCACCAGCAAUGAUAUUGCUUCGGUUGUACUAAAGGAGAACUUGGUUCUUAGUGUUUACAGAGAUGAGUACAUACUACUACAUGAGGAUUACCAGUCAUAUGUUUUGCCACGAAUCUUGGAGUCUAAAAAGAUGGCCAAAUCUGGACGCACAAAGCAAAAGGAAACAGAUCUGGAAUAUAGUAUUGCAAAGCAGGUUGAGAAAAUGAUAAGUGAAGUUCAUGAACACGCAUUACUAUCCUGUGAUUCCAUACACCAUGAAAGAAGAAUAUUGUUGAAACAAGAGAUUGGAAGAAUGGUGCUAUUUUUUACCGAUCAGCCUAGUUUAUUAGCUCCUAAUAUUCAGAUGGUAUUUUCAGCUUUAGCCUUGGCCCAAUAUGAGAUUAUAUGGCACUUCCAACAUGUUGGCGUCGCAUCAGCAAGAUCAAAAUCAACCAGGAUUGUGGCAGUAGAAAUAGAUCCAAGUGAUCCAACUAUUGGAUUUCUUUUGGAUGGGAUGGACCGCCUUUGUUGUUUGGUGCGCAAAUACAUUGCAGCGAUUAGAGGAUAUGCAUUGUCCUAUUUGUCAUCUUCUGCUGGUAGAAUACGUUUUUUGCUGGGAACCCCUGGAAUGGUGGCUCUUGACUUGGAUACAACCUUAAAGGGUCUCUUUCAGAAGAUUGUUCAGCAUCUUGAAAACAUACCAAAACUACAGGGUGAAAAUAUCUCUGCCAUAACAUGUGAUCUAUCAGAGCUGCGGAAAGAUUGGUUGUCAAUAUUGAUGAUUGUCACUUCAGCUCGAUCAUCUAUAACCAUUAGGCAUUUGGAGAAAGCUACUGUCUCCACUGGAAAAGAAGGAUUACUCUCUGAAGGGAAUGCUGCUUACAAUUGGUCUAGAUGUGUUGAUGAACUUGAAUCUCAACUAUCAAAGCAUGGUAGCCUUAAAAAGCUCUACUUCUACCACCAGCACCUCACAACAGUUUUUAGGAACACCAUGUUUGGACCUGAAGGCCGUCCACAGCAUUGUUGUGCUUGGCUUGGUGUUGCUAGUAGUUUUCCCGAUUGUGCUUCUACAAUUGUUCCUGAAGAGGUUACUAAGAUUGGUCGAGAUGCAGUGAUGUAUGUUGAGUCCCUUAUAGAAUCCAUCAUGGGAGGAAUGGAAGGAUUAAUUAAUAUUCUCGACUCUGAAGGAGGUUUUGGCUCUUUGGAGAUGCAGCUUCUUCCAGAGCAGGCAGCUAAUCUCGUGAAUCUGACCUCAAGAACAUCACUCCCUUCAGCUAAAUCUCCAAAAGGCAUUACUGGCUUUCAUUUCCCAGGCUAUGAGAGCUUUCCUGAAAAUAGUGCUUCUGUUAACAUGUUGGAAGCUGCAAUGCAGAGGCUGAUGAAUCUUUGUUCAGUACUAAAUGACAUGGAGCCUAUAUGCGUUCUAAACCAUGUCUUCGUUCUGAGGGAGUACAUGAGAGAAUGCAUUUUAGGGAACUUCAAGAGAAGACUGCAUGCAGUACUCAAGAAUGAUAGUGAUCUUCAACGGCCAUCUGUUAUGGAAUCACUGAUUCGUAGGCAUGUUAGUAUAGUUCAUCUAGCAGAGCAACAUGUUAGCAUGGACCUGACCCAGGGCAUUCGUGAAGUUCUACUGAAUGAGACAUUCUGUGGUCCAGUUUCUUCUCUGCACUUGUUUGAGAAACCAGCUGAACAACAUACUGGAUCUGCUGUUGAGUCUGCAUGCAACUGGUAUGUUGACAAUAUUGUCAAGGAUAUCUCUGGAGCUACUGUCUUGUUCGCACCACUUCAAAGGUGCUUUAAGAGCAUGAGACCUGUUGGAGGUUAUUUCGCACAAUCUAUCACUAAUCUGAGAGAAUUGCAAGCUUUUAUCCGCAUUUUUGGAAGCUAUGGUGUAGACAGGUUGGACAGGAUGAUGAAGGAACAUACUGCAGCGCUGUUGAAUUGCAUAGACACGUCACUACGAGCAAACCGAGAAAUACUAGAGGCGGUUGCAGGAAGCAUGCAUGGUUGUGACAGAAUAGAAAGAGAUGCAAAUAUGAGGCAGAUAAUAGACAUUGAGACGGUUAUUGGGUUCUGCAUUCAAGCAGGACAAGCUGUGGCCUUUGAUUGUCUUCUAGCGGAAGCUGCUGGAAGUGUCCUUGAAGAAGGAGCGCCUCUGAUACAUUCACUGCUUGCUGGGAUUGUGAAUCAUUUGCCUGAGGAAAUGCCUGAGAAGAAGGAAAUGAGGAGGAUGAGAAGGGUGGCAAACAGUGUAAGUGUGGUAUCUGAUCAUGAUUCAGAAUGGGUAAGGUCAAUUUUGGAAGAGGUGGGAGGUGCGAAUGAUGGAUCAUGGAGCUUAUUGCCUUAUUUCUUUGCUACUUUCAUGACAUCCAACAUCUGGACUACAACUGCCUUCAAUGUGGAUACUGGGGGAUUUAACAACAACAUCCACUGUUUAGCAAGAUGCAUUUGUGCAGUGAUUGCUGGGAGUGAGUUUGUUAGACUGGAAAGAGAAUGUCAGCAAAGACAGUCUUUCUCCAAUGGUCAUCAUGUCAAUGGUACGCAGGAUCAUCCAGAUAUGCGGAGCCGUUUAUCAGCUGAAACAAGUAUAAAGGCGACAAUGCAGCUCUUUGUUAAAUUUUCUGCUGGAAUUAUAUUGGAUGCAUGGACUGAAUCUAAUAGAUCUCAACUGGUUGCAAAAUUGAUAUUCCUGGAUCAGAUGUGUGAAAUAUCGCCAUACCUAGCUAGAAGCUCGCUUGAAGUGCACAUCCCUUGUACUAUUCUGCGAUCAAUAUACAACCAGUACUAUACAACAAAUUUGUCAACCACAGCACUAGCAUUGUUAAUUUCGUCCCCUCGACAUUCUCCAGCAGUUCAUGCAUCUCCUGCAGUUAGGUCUCGUGGCGACUCAACUCCACAAGCCCCCUCCUCCUCCUCUAGUACUACUGUUCAUGAAUACAGUUACUUCAAGCCUUCGUCGUCAUCUGCUGCUUCUUCCGCACAUAAUCAUAGUAUACAAUUGGAUCAUCAACUCUAUGAAGCUGGUGGUGGCGGAAACACGCAUCAUCAUAAGAACAGUAGACGGUCGGGUCCAUUAAAUUAUAGUUCAAGCAGCAAAAAUAAGUACGAAGGGUCUACGUCUGGGAGCACAGCUCCUCCGGGUGCAUUGCCGCGAAGGUUUGCAGUCUCAAGAUCGGGUCCUAUAUCAUAUUAUAAGUAGUAGAUGUACCUAAAACAAA